AGCAUUUUCCUGUCAGCUCUGGACAUCCGACAGGUAUUGGGCUGCCUAGUAAAACCCAGCAACCUCCAUCCAGCCCCAGGGUUAUCUUCCUUACCCCCUCCUCCUCCUUCGCGGAAUCUACAACAAAAUCACCUACAAUUCUGAUGAAGUAGCAGAAACUUCAUCAGAGAGAAUAAAAUUAGGGUUUCAUUAUUUGGUAUCCAUCGGAGUAGUAUACAACUAAAAGAAUGGUUUCUCUUGUGUCUUCAAACCCUAGGCUUCUCAGUUCAUCAUCUACCAUCGGAACCACCAAACUGCGGAAGGUUGAGGUAAAUUCGUCGAGAGUUUUCUUUAUAAACAAGUCUCGGUCAAAUGGGGCGGGUACAGGACGUAUUAGAUGUUCAAUGGAUGCAACAGUUGGAGGAAACCUGAAAUUUCCACGGAUGAACACAUGGGAUCCUUACAAGCGCCUCGGUAUACCUCCCGACGCCUCUACAGAAGAAAUCUGGGGUUCACGUAAUUUUCUUCUGGAACAAUAUGCCGGGCAUGAGAGAAGUGCAGAAUCUAUUGAAUCUGCUUUUGAGAAAUUACUAAUGACUAGCUUCAAUGAAAGGAAGAAAACCAAGUUCAACAUGAAAACCAGAUUGAAGAAGAAAGUGGAGGAGUCACCAUCUUGGUUGAAGAACUUGUUCAGUUUCAUAGAAGUUCCUCCAACAGAAGUGAUCCUUCGAAGACUGUUUUUAUUCGUUUUCAUGGCAGGUUGGAGCAUAAUGAAUGCCACUGAAACUGGCCCUGCUUUUCAGGUGGCACUGUCAUUAGGGUCUUGCAUUUACUUCCUGAACGACAAGACCAAGAGCGUAGCUAGAGCUUCUGUCUUAGGACUUGGAGCUCUUGUAGUAGGAUGGGUAUGUGGAUCCAUCCUAGUGCCAAUGAUUCCAGCAGCCAUACUGCAGCCAACCUGGACACUUGAAUUACUCACAUCUCUUGUAGCUUAUGUCUUUCUGUUUCUUGCGUGUACUUUCCUCAAGUGAGAAGUUGCACCAGUUUGUAGUAGUUUUGUCAGAGGUGAGAACCUAAUGAUAUUUUACUUAUAUAAAUAGAAGAGGAUGAAGUCAAGAGAUGAAAUAUUUGUUUCUUAUUCUUAUUUUUUUUACUGCAAUAGAUUGUUCUCCAGUUUUUCCUUUA